UAAGGAUAAUGAUAAACAGCUUUGGAGAUAUUACCUAAUAUCAUGAUGUCCUAACAUAUCAUUUUUGCCCAAUAUCCAUUGCAUUGUGAUACAAAAGAAGGCCCUCUUUUUUCCGGCAAGUCAAAGAUUGGCAUUAUAGACACCUGGAAUUCUUGAUGAUACCAAAUAUGCUUUCGCUCUAUUUACUGCCACCUUCAACCCAAAUUUGCUUAGAUCAAGCAACUCAAAGUCCAUGUAAGAACCACUCCGCCCACAAUGAUAUAGCUCACUAUAGUCGCUGAAUCGAAUGCAUUUGACUUGCCUCCGAACUUUGAAAACCCCCCGAUCUUGCUUGCUAGGCAGCCUCCCUUGUAACUUACACAAGAGGCGAAUCUCACUCUCAAAACACUCGUCCGAGACUUCUUGCUCAACCAUAAGAUCAUCCACUAUGGCCAAACGUGUAGCAGUGAUCGGAGCUGGAGCCUCUGGCUUGACAUGCAUAAAGAGCUGCUUGGAUGAGGGAUUGGAGCCAGUGUGCUUUGAAAGCAGUGAUGACAUUGGGGGAUUGUGGAGGUUUAAGGAGAACCCAGAGCCAGACCGAGCCAGUAUCUACCACUCUGUCAUCAUCAACACCUCCAAGGAGAUGAUGACCUACAGUGACUUCCCAAUCCCAGCUCACUUCCCAAAUUACAUGCACAACUCUCUCAUCAUGGACUACUUCAACAUGUACACAGACCACUUCCAGCUCCGGCAAUACAUCCAAUUCCAGACACGGGUGCUGCAAGUCAAGCAGAGGCCUGAUUUCUCCCGCUCCGGCCAAUGGGAGGUAGAAACAGAGACGAGGGAUGGGAAGAGAGAAAGCCACAUCUUUGAUGCAAUUAUGGUUUGCGUCGGACAUCACUGUCACCCUCGCAUGCCACUGUCUGAUUUCCCAGGCAUUGACACGUUUAAGGGGAAGUACUUCCACAGCCGGGACUACAAGGCACCAGAGGAGUGGCGCGGGAAAAGGGUGGUAGUGGUUGGCAUCGGGAAUUCUGGAGGGGACAUCACCGUGGAGCUCAGCAGAAUGACCAAGCAGUUGUUCCUGAGUACUCGUCGUGGUGCCUGGGUUAUGAAUCGAGUGGCUGACAACGGCCUUCCUGUGGACCUGGUCUUAAACAGAGUGUCAUUGCUGAUCCAGAAGAUACUGCCACGUGACUUCAUCUGUGGUAUUGUGGAAAAUCGGCUCAACUAUCGGUUUGACCAUGCUAUGUAUGGGCUGCAGCCCAAACACAGGUUCUUCAAUCAGCACCCCACUGUCAAUGACGACCUACCCAACCGCAUCCUCUCUGGCACGGUGCAGGUGAAGCCCAACAUAAAGGAGUUCCGAAGCUCUAGCGUGGUGUUCGAGGAUGGCUCCGUGGAGCACGACAUCGACCUGGUGGUGUUUGCCACCGGCUACAGUUUCUCAUUCCCCUUCCUUCCCGCUCAUGUGCUCUCUGUCUCUGAGAACCAGACCACCCUGUACAAGCACAUCUACCCACCAGGAUUAGAGCACCCAACUCUGGCCGUAAUUGGAUUGAUUCAGCCUCUCGGUGCCAUCAUGCCCAUCUCAGAGAUGCAGGCUCGAUGGGCCACAAGGGUCUUUAAAGGGUUGAAUAAGCUUCCUUCGAUGAGUGUCAUGAUGAAGGAUAUCAAGUGCAAAGAAGAGGCAAUGGCCAACAGGUACGUAACGUCCAGUAGGCACACCAUCCAGGUGGACUACGUCCCCUACAUGGACGAGCUGGCUGAACAGGUGGGAGUGCAGCCCAGGUUCCUGUCUUUGCUCCUACGAGACCCUGGCUUGUGGCUUAGAACUGUGUUUGGACCCUGCACACCAUAUCAGUACCGGCUGUUUGGACCAGGUCAAUGGGAGGGGGCCCGCCAGGCAAUCUACACUCAGUGGGAGCGAGUGGCUCAGCCCAUGAAGACGCGACCCAUUCCUGCCAGGGAGACCAAGCGUACCUUUAGCACCCACCUGUUCUUUCUGUCAGCUGCCACAUUGGUGGUGGCGGUAAUCUAUAAGAGAGACAACUACCAGGAGUAUCUUCAGUAUCCCAUGAUGAUACUGGACAAGCUGAAGACAUAUCUACCUGCUUAGUAAGAUGUCAGUGUUGGAUGUAUCAUGCAGUAUGACUAAUUGAUUGGUCUGUGAUGUUUUUCUUGCAUUUGUCUUAAUGCUUGUGAUAAGUGUAAGUGUACUUAAGUCUUUUUUUAUGUCUGGAUUAUACUAAUAAGAUGCAUAAAGCUUAUAAAAGGUCCAAACAUAUUUCAGAAUAUAUCGUUUUAUAAUGUGGUAAAUUAUUGUUUUAAUUGGUUAUGUUAUUCUGUUAUUAAGGAAAAUAUUUUCCUAUGCCAGUGGUUCUCAAAGUGUGUGGUGGGCCCCACUAGUGGAGAAUAGAGACAUGACAGAUGGGGCACGAUGAGCAUGAGGAUUUUUUUGUCUUUAAUAAUGCCUUUCUUUUUAACAAGGAAGAUCAUAGAUUCAAAACAAACAUAUCUAUCAUAUCUACAUAUCUAUCUAUAAAUUGCAGGAACGUCUGUCUGUCUGUGUGUGUUUGUGUGUGUGUGUUAACCUCAUAUCUGUCGAACCGUUCAUCCGAUUGAUUUCAAACUUGACAGGUGUCUUCCUACGGGCACGAGUAAGUGCAGUGCCAAGUUUGACGUUGUUUGGAUAAGAAAUUCAAAAGAUAUUGUUAAAUAUAUCAUUACAAGAAGCACAAAUUGGCUUUCUCCGCACUACUGUAGCCACUCCCCCUCUCACACAACAAUUCCGACUGCAAGGUCCCAAAUUGAAACGAGAGAUAGUCUGAUGGUCCCGAAUUUAAGGACGUUUUAGAAUGCCAUACAGCUACAGACAACUAGUGGCAGACAGAGGGACAUGUCACUUAUGCUACCAAAGACUGUUUUUGAGUCACAUUGUUGCAAAUCUCAUGAUGCAUCUUUCUACAAAAUGUUGUCUUCUAUAUCAUUAAGUUAUUCAAGAGGCUUAACAAUAAGCAUAUAGCCUUAACAUAAAAAAACUGUUCGGCUUAUGUCAUUUUGAUCUGUAAAAAAUGUCACAUGCAGCCAUGCCUAAAUUCUGCUCAUUGCAAUGUAUUAUAGGCUAAAUUUAUUAUAAUAUAAUAUUCAGUAUUCAUUGUUGAAUGCUUAGCUGAAAUUAUGUUUUCCCUAUCAUCCUAUUUUUACAGCAGGCACCUGCGGGCAUGUAAUGUAAUUAAUUAGGCUACUAUACAGGUUUUCUAGAGGAGUAGCAUGUUUGAAUGGGCACCGUACUAGUGAAUUAAAACAACAUCAGAUCCAGCGGACCAAAACAGGACAUGUAAUGUGGAAAUGCGAUAAUAUUUUAACAUUCCCAUUUUGCCAGGGUGAUUGGGUCAGGUGGGGCUUAAAUAUUCCUCACAUACAAAGUGGGGAUUGACAGAAAAAGUUUGAGAACUGGUCCAUGACAUCCACGAGUGCUUCUGCUAUUUAGCUAGCUGGUUAGUUCUGGUAAAAUGGACACCUUUUUGAAAGUAGAGCCGAAGGGAAAGAUAGUUUUUCAAUUUUUGGACAAGUACAUUGAGGCAAAUGGACUUGACUGAUCUUUUUGUGUGGGAGUAUGUUCAGACAGGGCUUCGGCUAUGACUUGGAAUUUUUCAAUUUCAAUUUAAUAUCACUUAUAGAGUGCCAAAACAUUGCACAUGUCUCAUGGCGCUUUACAGAGUGUUAAACAAUCAGAGAAGGCCCAUGAGUAACAGGGGCGAGAAAAAACUCCAGAUACAUGUAGGAAGAAACCUCCAGCAGAUCCACGACUCAAUAGCCUGACCCAUCUGCCUAGGGUCAGUACAAAACACUAAGGUCUUUUUACAUGAUAAAUGAAUAAGUUAGUUAGGUGUAGAGAAAAGAACAUGGUGUUUAAAGAAUGCCUUACAUAUGCAAUGACAUCAGAUACAAUUGAGGAUAAAAACACAAUAAAGUCCAGGACUUAUUUACAUUGUGGUCCUAAACGCAUAACACCAGGACAAGACACUCACAGAGUGUGUGAUAAUCAAUGACAUAACAUAAACACAUUUUUCUUAAAUAAAUAAAAAUGCUACCCUCGCUAGUAACCAGGCCUUGAUUCUCUUUUUAAAAGAGUUGGAAAUGCUGGAAAUGACUUUAAUUUGCCUGUCUAACUUGUUCCACUGAACUGCACCUAUAUAGGCAAAGGUUCCUUUCCCUAACAAUGUCUUAAAUUUAUAAGGACACAGAUCUGAUAUUCUGCCACCAGUGCAAAAAAUUGGGACACUACCAACCAAUAUUUUAUGGAUCAAGGUCAGCCUUGACAUAACAACACGAGACUCAACAGGGAGCCAGUUGAGCUCAGCAAAUUGUGAUCAGACCUACGGCCCAAAUUCAGAAUGACCCUUAUUCGUUUAUUCUGUGCUGUUUGCAGCCUCCCUUUUAGUCGGUUUGUUAGGCCUUCAAACCAGGAAGUACAUGCAAAUUCAAAAUAAUUUCAAAUUAAGGAGUUAGCUAAAAUGAUCAUUGUUAACCUAUCUAAAAACAGACAUUAUUCAGAAUGACCCUAAAUUUAGAGCAUCUACUUAGUCUGUAUUUUGAGCUGAACAAGAUGGCCUCUGUCUUACAAAGAUGUAAGAACAGCAUAUUGUCAGUCAGCCAGUUGUUUACAGAGGAUAGCUCAGAACUCAGGGUGCUCUCUAGAGUAGAUUGGUGUUUAUGCGACAUUAAAAGUGGCAAGUCAUCAGCAUACAGAAAUAAUUCACAUGAACAGGAGUCUGCCAUAUUAUUAAUGUAUGUAAAAAAUAAGGACGGUCCGAGAAUGCUUCCUUGCCUGCAUAAUAUAUUGGGUAUAGGUAAAUCGGGUGUAUGGCUAAUACCUUUUGGGUUGUGCCGUUUCGGGAAAACUGAUUCACCCACCUAAACGAUAUAUUUUCAGAAAGCAUAUACCCUCAAGAUGAGAUCUAACAUGGGUUUGGACAUGUCCCACCCUCCUCUUUACUUUGCAGCCCAUGCAUAACACAGUGGGUAUUAAUAAAUCAAGUGAUAUAUGUUGGGCUGUACCUUGAAGGGAAAACUUAUUAAGCCACCUAAACUAUAUGAUGUAAACUAACAUGGGCUUUGACAUUUCCCACCUUCCUCAUGAUUUUGCUGCCCAUGCAUCAUUGGGUAUAGGUCAAUCAGGUGUAUGGCUACCUGUAGUAGUGCUCAACUAAGCUUCAGCUGUGAGUCCCAGAUGUUCAUGAUGCAUGUUUGUGUUUUAGACACAUACAGUAUAGCUAUCAGAAAAUAACAAUUCAGUUGGCACCAAUCGGCUCAAAAUGGGCCUCUGGCUCAUGGAGUAAUACAAUUGUUUUCAUUUCCCCUGUUUACUCCCCUUGGAGAAAAAGACUACACCUUUUGAGACUGAUAAUGAUCUUGUUAUACAGAAAAUAAAAUUUGCUUUAA